UUAAGAUGUUUAUUUUUAUCAUUUCAGAAUCUUAAAAACGUACUGAUAAAAUGAGGGAAUGUAUCUCCGUACACGUUGGACAGGCAGGAUGUCAGAUGGGAAAUGCUUGCUGGGAACUCUACUGCCUGGAGCAUGGUCUUCAACCUGAUGGCAUGCUCCCCCCUGAUAUGAGUGUUGCCAAGGGAGAUGAUAGUUUCAGUACUUUCUUCUCAGAGACUGGAGCAGGGAAACAUGUUCCAAGGGCUGUAUUCAUUGAUCUGGAACCUACCGUUAUUGAUGAGAUUAGAACUGGAACGUAUAGACAGCUGUUUCAUCCCGAAAUGGAUUCCAAUGAUGCCGAGGAGGGAGAAGGAGAUGAAUACUGA